ACAUCCGUUUCAUUACAUUCACCCACCCAAAAGAAAGCAUCAGGAAAAUGGCCGCAACAACUCGCACCCUCACUCUACUACUCACACUCCUCCUACUCACCGUCGGCGGCGCGUCAACCUCACUCGACACCUUCGUCUACGGCGGGUGCUCACGGCUCAAGUUCUCGCCGGGAUCGCCCUACGAGUCAACCCUCAACUCGCUCCUCACCUCACUAGUCAGCUCAGCCUCCUUCUCCCUCUACAACAACUUCACCUCCACCGCCGGCCCGGUCCUCUACGGCCUUUACCAGUGCCGCGGCGACCUCUCCGUAACGGCCUGCCGCACCUGCGUCGCCGGGGCCGUCGCCAGGCUCGCCGCCCUCUGCCCGCCGGACUCCGCCGGCGCCGCCGUGCAGCUCGACGGCUGCUUCGUCAGGUACGACAACGUGUCUUUUCUCGGCGUACAGGACAGGACCGUGGUGCUGAAGAAAUGCGGCGGGUACGACGCCUCCGGCGGCGCGUCCGCGGCCAGGAGGGACGCCGUGCUGGAUUACGUGGCGGCCGGUGGCGGCAAGGCGUAUAGGGUGGGCGGGUCCGGCGGCGACGUCUAUGCGGUGGCGCAGUGCGUGCAGGACCUGAGCGGCGGGCAGUGUCAGGAUUGUGUGUCGGCGGCGGUCGGGGUGCUGAAGUCCGACUGCGGCGCGGCCGCCGCCUGGGGGGAUGCGUUCUUGGGGAAGUGCUACGCGCGGUUCUCGGAGGGUGGCGCCCACUCGCGCGCCGGAGGUCACGGUAAUAACGACGACAAAGACGAUAACAACGACGUCGAGAUAGAGAAGACACUGGCAAUACUGAUCGGACUUAUUGCCGGAGUUGCCCUCCUCAUCGUCUUCCUUUCCUUCCUCAGACAACUCUGCCAAAAGGGCAAAGGUUAUAACCCUUCUCUUCUCUUCACUUCCUUUUCUUUUCCAUUGAUAAUGAAAUACACACUCGUAUGUUUUUUUUUUUUUUUGAACGACUAACGACUUAAAGACACAGUAAGUGAAGAAAUCUAUCCGAUGUUAAAUUUGUGAUAGUAGAGAAGACAUGCAUACAUAAUAAGUGUAAAUAUAAACUGAUCAAAGAGGUCCGACAUGAUGGAGGGCCAAGGAUAGAAUAUUGGUUGGAUUAAAAGCUUAGCUUAGCUGGAAAUGUUGUCUUGUUCUAGUCAAAAUUGCAUUUCCAAACCAAAAUUUUAUUCAAAAGUUGUACCAAGAAAUCACCUUUGGGGACAUCGUGGUACAAUUAUUGUAGCUAGCUAGGUUUAAAGUCGUGAUCAUAUAGAUACACUUAACAAAGAAGACAUACUUAAAUUAAUACUAAUGUAUUUUAUAUUCUUCCUGUGUUCAACUAAUUAAGUUGAUGGGCUCCAAGCCAUCCACUUUGAGAAUCCACUAUAGGAAAAAUGUAACCUAUAACUUAAUAAUUUGUGGGAGGGAGCACUAUAUAUCUAUAGUGUCCAAGAGUGGAUAGUGGCUUUUUAAAAAGGAAAAGGCAUUUUAUAUGGUUGCUAGCUAGAUAACCCAAAAGAAAGCAGCACCCCUCUCCUCCAUUAUAUUUUUUUUUAACCCUGUUAUGGCGGAGUUAGAAAUCUGAAUGAAAAGAGCUAAAAUUUUGUGGAAAAAAAUUUGGAACGAUGAGAAUGCCUAAAGCUUUUGAACUAGUAUGUUUUUCUAAUUUAUUACAAAAUAUACAUAUAAUCCUACCAUGAUUCAAGAAAUCGCGUUUAAACUAACGCUUAAUCACACUUAGGCCCUAGGCAACAAAACGCCUCGUCCAGGGGCUCCGGAGUGAUUUGGGAAUUAAAAAACACGUCAAUGGACUAUGAGACACAUAGGUGUAAGGUGUUGCCUAUGCUAAAUCGGAAUAUCGAUCAAAAACCCAUAUCUUUUUAUAUACUUUGAUAAAUUAGAAUGAUUGAUUAUUAUUAUGUUUUUUCUAUUGAUUUUUAUUUUAUUAAAUUGAUUUUUCGGUUUUUGAGUAUACAGAACUAGGAUCCGAUGCUUACCCAUUAGUGGAAAGAGUAUAGUUUAUUUAUUUAUUAAACCAAACACGGUUUAGCUGGUGGUCUAGAUAGCUCCGUAUCACUAAAAAUAUCAUAAUAGCGAAUACUCUUGGCGUAUGCCAACAUGACUAAUUUUUUAAGUUGCGUUAUAUCGUACUCCGAUUCUAGUGUAGCUAUAAUUUAUGUGAAAUGAUCCAUCAUUCAAAUAACUAGACCUCAUCAAUCUAUGCAAUCCUCACAAUAUUGCAAGUGUUGUUCUCGACUUUUUAGUAGAAUAAUGAAGUUGUAUGCUUUUUUUAAUUGCCUCAUCCCGACUUCAUUGCCAUUCUCACAACAAUAGAUACUAUCAAAACACUCGAUUUUAAUCGCGUAAUUUCUAAACGAUCGAAAUAUGGAUUUCGUUGGAACUAGAUGUUACAAUGAUUUUGAGAAUUGAUUGAGACUGACUUCUGCUGCCAUCAACAUGGCUCCGACCUCUGCACUAACUAACCUUUUUCUCUCCUCUCCCUCUCAAUAACGCAGGUGGCAAAUAGCUUCAACAAGUCGACUUUUUUGUUCACUGCCGUCGAUUUUUCGCUUGUUAUGUAAAGCUUGUUUCACAUCAUUCACUGAACAAGACUAGGGCAAACAAACUGAUAUCAUAUGGUCCAUAUAUAUGUAAGAAGAAAAGGCAGGGGAAGGAAGAAAGGAAAGCAAAGAGGGAAAGUACGUUGCAAAUUGCAAUUGCUGUUAUUAAAUAGAAGAGAUUCCACUAUCCAUUAGUGACUAGUUGUUUCGUCGUUUGCUCGUUGGGUAUGAAAUAUGAAUAGAGAAACUGUCUUCUCUAAAACCAUGGUUUAGUGAAUGUUUUUAUUUAUAUAUAAUAACAUUGUAAGAAAUUGAAUACAGCUGG